AUGUCGCAAAAGAUUGUCAGCAGCUGCCAGAACUCUCCUACGGUGAAGCGCUCCGCUCACCUCGUUCCCUCCAGGGAAGGACUGCUGCGCUGGUCGCAAAUUGCUGUACUGCACAGACCCUUAGAACCUGUGAUCCGAAUCUCAGAUUUCAACCCUGGGUUUAGCGUCGUCCUCCUGGGACUUUCCCGGCUGUGCCAGAAAGGGUGUUUCAUUGACCCUCUGCGCGUGCGCCGAACGUACACGGGGCAGUGUGUGAAGUGUCCAGAUCACCCGUAUGUCAGCAUUCAGAGAAAUCGCUACCCUCAGAACAGUAUGACUCUUUUGGCUUAUGGAGACCCUUUGGGAAAUGUGCUGGCUGGCACAGCCCUCAAUUUGAUCGUUCUUACUAUUGCUGUUCUUGGGCUCCUUGUGAAGCACCAAGACACUCCCAUCCUCAAAGCGAACAACGCCGCAGCUCUCAGCUACACCCUGCUCAUCUCCCUCACCUUCUGUUUCCUCUGCUCCUUGCUCUUCAUUGGCCGGCCCAACACAGCCACCUGCAUCCUCAGGCAGACCACAUUUGGAGUUGUGUUCACUGUGGCUGUUUCCACCGUCCUGGCCAAAACGAUCACUGUGGUGCUGGCCUUUAAGGUCACUGCUCCAGGCAGGAGGAUGAGGCAGUGGCUGGUGUCAGGGGCACCUAACUCCAUCAUCCCCAUCUGCUCCCUGAUCCAACUCACUCUCUGUGGAGUCUAUGGGACGAAUUCACCCUUUGCAGACACAGAUGCACACUCGGAACAUGGCCACAUCAUCAUUGUGUGCAACAAGGGCUCCCUCACUGCCUUCUACUGUGUCCUGGGAUACCUGGGCUCCCUGGCCCUGCUGAGCUUCACCGUGGCUUUCCUGGCCAGGAACCUGCCCGACACCUUCAAUGAAGCCAAGUUCCUGACCUUCAGCAUGCUGGUGUUCUGCAGUGUGUGGGUCACCUUCCUCCCCGUGUACCACAGCACCAAGGGGAAGGUCAUGGUGGCCGUGGAGGUCUUCUCCAUCUUGGCCUCCAGUGCAGGGCUGCUGGGGUGCAUCUUUGCACCCAAGUGCUACGUUAUUACCCUAAAACCUAAGAAGAACUCUGUGACAGAUUUAAAGAACUAG